UACUGCCAAAGUGAGUGCUAGGGACCAUUUUUUGACCAUUUUCUCUGACAAAUAUGUUCUUCAUAUGCAGGAUGUCUCUCAGAACAGAGAGACCCCAGUGUGUUGGUGCUGGUGUUGUUGUGGAGUUUGACAGAGAGGAUAAUAAUGACAGAGAUUCACCUGUGAUCAAAGCCAAAAGGAUACCAAGAUCAGCCCUCAUCUACCUCAAGGGCCCCAAGUUUCUCAUUUAUGUGAGUGGAGCGUUAUCUAUGUGGGGUGAUCGCAUGUGGCAUUUUGCCAUUUCUGUUUUCCUGAUUGAGUUGUAUGGGCGUAACCUGCUGUUAACUGGCAUCUUUGGACUGGUGGUGGCUGGUUCGGUGCUCUUACUAGGGGCUUUGAUUGGAGAUUGGGUUGACCGCAAUCCAAGAAACAAAGUGGCCCACGCGUCUCUGUUCAUUCAGAAUAUCUCUGUGACCAUUUGCAGCAUUGUUCUCAUGUUGGUGUUCUCUUACAAAAAAUGGAUUGAAGAAAUUUGGGAUGGAUGGUUAACUGUGGUUUGUUAUACGGUGGUGAUCAUCCUGGCAGAUGUUGCAAACCUCGCCAGCACAGCUCUCACCAUUACCAUCCAGAGGGAUUGGAUUGUGGUAAUCACAGGCUAUAACCGCGGCCACCUCGCAGGAAUGAAUGCGACCAUGAGGCGGAUCGAUCAGGUGACCAACAUCCUGGCACCACUGGCAGUGGGUCAGGUAAUGACUCUGGCCUCUAAUGUGGUUGGCUGUGGCUUCAUCUUGGGAUGGAAUCUGGUGUCCCUCAUUGUAGAGUUCAUCUUCCUCUCCAGAGUCUACCGCAUCGUGCCGGAGCUGUCAGUCAAACCGCCGGUACUGGAACAUCAAGUCUGUGUAGAGAAGAAAAGAGAAAGAAAAUGUACGCAAGGCAGGAGCUCGUGUCCAACUUCAGCAGUCUAUGAGGGGAACAGUAGCAGCCUGCAUCUAUCCCGAAUACCGAAAUGUUUCCAGCACCUGCGUGGCCUCCUCAGUACCUGCCGAGAGGGAUGGAGGGCAUAUUACAGACAGCCAGUUUUCCUAGCCGGUCUGGGUCUGGCCUUCCUGUACACGACCGUGCUGGGCUUUGACUGCAUCACCACCGGCUACGCUUACACCCAGGGAAUAAGCGGAUCGCUUCUCAGCAUCCUAAUGGGAAUAUCAGCCGUGGCGGGGCUUCUGGGUACUCUCCUUUUCACCAAGCUGCGGAAAGCAUGUGGCCUGAUCAACACUGGGCUCAUUUCCAGCGGUCUCCAUCUAGGUUGCCUUAUGCUUUGUGUGUGCUCUGUGUUUGCCCCCGGCAGCCCCGUGGACCUCAGUUUGUUAAACAUGGGAAAUGCGUCCGAUCUGGGUGGAAUGGCCGGAGGUCACCAGAGGCACGGAUACCCGCUGCGUGGAGGCAACAACCAGCCUCUGCUGUCGGACCGAUCGUCCAUUCACUGGACCAAUAGCACUGUGCUGUUUGAGAAUGCACCAUCAGGGACCGAACCUGAGUCUUAUGUUUCCAUCAUCUUGUUGUUUCUUGGCGUCAUUACGGCACGUGUUGGUCUUUGGUCUUUCGACCUAACGGUGACUCAACUCUUACAGGAAACAAUAAGUGAAUCCGAGCGUGGGGUUGUUAAUGGAGUCCAGAGCUCAAUGAACUAUCUGAUGGAUCUCUUGCAUUUCCUCAUGGUCAUCUCUGCCCCUCAGCCACAACACUUUGGCAUUCUUGUCAUCGUCUCUGUUCUGUUCAUUUUCACGGGACACACCAUGUACUUCCUGUAUGCCAGGAAAGCCAAGAGGAAACAACGCACAAAUACAUAAGCAACACAGAUAUAUGCAGACUUCUCUGUUGAAUGUCUCUUCAUUCCUGCACUGAGCCACGCGUGUUAGUUGAGCCGCAGUACAGUACUCAGGUGAAUAUAACUGGGAAACAGCGCCUCCUGCUGACAGUCAAGGGAAACACUUAAAUAACUGUAAAGUUGGCACUUAUACCUGUAAGAGAGCCAACCUUCUCUUGGAAGUUAAUCAUUGUUUUAAAGUGCACAGUAUUAUUACAAGAACACGAGACAACACGUUUUAAUGGAUUAUUACCAGAACAAACAUCUCUUUGUUAAGCCUUUUUUGCAAAUUUGUCCUACUUAACUAGGGAUGCACCAGUACAAAAUGUCUGAUAGUAAUAAUCACACAGCAUGGCUUUUGAUGCAUUUUUCCGUAUCUUUUGUUUGCCAGAAUAUAAUCUGCCCUGAUCAUCAUCUGUUUUUAAAUAAUCAGACAAUCUCUAAUAGUGAGGGGAAAUGCUUUAUCUGCCAAUACCGAUUAUAGGGUGAUGGGUGCAUCUCUAAUUAUAACCAACCAGAGCCAUACAGAAAUGUAAAACUUAACCAUGCAUGUACAUGUAUGGAUUCUAUAGGUUUAAAAUUAUUUGUCACAUAUCCGUACAUUUAUACAACACACAUGAACAUGUAAAAAUACUACACUGUAAAAAAAUGCAGCAUGAAGUUAAAACAACUUGCUUUUGCAAGUCAACUCAAACUACUAUUUUAAGUUUUGACCUGUGAUAAGUUGACAUAACUUAUAAAAACAAGUUGAAAUUGUAUAACCUACUUUGUUAAGUUAAAGUAACAUAAAAAUAUAUGUUGACUUGACAAAAAUGCUGCAUUUUUUACAGUGUACAUUUUUACAUAUGUUACGUAUAUGACACAUAAUUCUGUGAACAACUUAAAUUCCUAUUUCAUAUGAUACUUAAAAGAGAUUAACAAUCAGGUGACCUAUUAAUCUAACUAAAACUAUUUUGUAAAUAUGUUCAUAUGAGCUAGAGCUCUAUGAAAACGGGUGUUACCACCAAAAUUGAUUUAAAUGUCAAUGUCAGUAGUUUGAGAUACAAAUUAUGAAAAAGACAGACAGAUAGUCUACCUUUCAUUUUGGAAUAAAGCACACAUCAAUAAAUCUCGUCCAAUAAACAGAAAUCCUUUUUUCAUCUGUUUGUUAAAGGUGCAGUGUGUAAAUUUUAGCGGCAUCUAGUGGUGAGGUUGCGAAAUGCAACCAACGGCGUAGUCCACUGCUCACCCCUUGCUUUUGAAACACAUAGAGAAGCUACAGUAGCUGCCACCGGAUCAAACAUGUCAUCAUCAGAGACAACCUAUAAAAAAAUUGUCCGUUAAGGGCUUCUGUAGAAACAUGGUGGCACAAAAUCGCGACUUCCAUGUAAGGGGACCCUCUUUGUACGUAGAUAAAGGUCUCGUUCUAAGGUAAUAAACACAUAAUGGUUCAUUAUGAAAGGUCUUUGGACUCCCCUGAGAAUAUAGUUUUGUAUAUUAUUUUGCAUUUCUCUCAAGAGAUCCUUCUAAAAAUUACACACUGCACCUUUAAAGCAUACUGGUUUCAUUAGGCUGUUUGUGGGUUUUGACUAAAUGAAUAAUCUUGCAGCUCAAGUGAAAACUGUAUGACAAGACUGUAGACUUUAAUGUGUCUCUGUUGUCUUUUAAUUGAUUACUAUGAGUGUUUUUUCAGAACGGAUGAAGACAGAAUCUUACCUCAGCACUUAACUGUUAUGUAUUGAACUCUAGCUUGAACUUAUUUGUGAAAGGUAACUUUACAUUAGUAAUGGUUAACAUAUACGUACAGUAAUCUUCAUUGCAUCUGUUUAAACCGUGUUAAUAAUUUAUUUUACAGAUAUACAGUUUUAAUACCGAUGUGUAAAAGUUAAAUGUUUUGAGUACUUUUCAGAAUACUGUACAAAAGCAUUUAUUGUGUUGAUAUCCAUAGCCAAUGAAUAAAGAAUGGCUGUUGAAUUGCAGUAUGGUUUGUGUCCACCAGAUGUCCCUGUCUGUAAAUCAUAGAA